AUACCGCCUCUACUGUAUCUCGCCCGAGGGGGCCACAAGGCAAGCAUGCUUGCGGGCCAAAGUUUCAACGGGGCUCGCACUGUCCUCGCUCUGGUGUUGGCAGCCCUCCCAGGUCCUAAAAAUGGUCAGAGGAUCGCGAGGAUCGGCGCAUGGGGGCCAUCCGCGCACCACGACCCUCACCGAGGGCCACGAGGGCCACGAGGGCCAUGAGGGCCAUGAGGGCCGUUUCGAUGUAUAUAAGACCACGAGGACAGACUCCAGAGCAGACCAGAACCAGAACAACAAACACUCUCACAGCUUCCGACUCCAGCCAAGGACUCGACACACUCUCUUCAAACCAACCACAAACAACCAGCCAACCGAACAACCAACCAAACCCAAACACUCCCUCACUUUUUUUUUUUACAAUCUUCACAAUGCACUUCAACAACUUCUUCGCUCUCAUGCUCAUCGGCGGCAUCUCCGCCGUCACUGCCGCCCCGGCCCCGCCGGCGCCCACCACCAGCGGCCUUGAGCAGCGCGCCGUCGUCCCCACGCAGAGCAGCCAGCCCAUCGAGUCCCACCUCAAGAGGCAGGAGGACACGACCGCCGACGACGGCAGCUACGACGACACCACCGGCACCACCGACGGCACCACCGACACCGGCAACUACUACCAAAACCCCUGGGAAGACCCCAACACCUACAUCAACAUGGCCCAGCUCUUUGUCGAUGCCCAUGGCAACAUCGUCUCUUCCAAGGCUGAGGGCGCCCACCACCCCUCUGAGGCCGAGAUCCAGACUCUCAGCCAGCAGCACCACACUGCCACGGCCGCCGCCGCGCACCACACCCCCGCCGCCACCCCCGCCCACGACAACACGGCCGCGGAGAAGAAGAAGCAGGAGGAGGCUGCGGCGGAGAAGAAGAAGCAGGAGGCCGCCGCCGCCGAGAAGAAGAAGGAGGAGGCCGCUGCUGCCGAGAAGAAGAAGGAAGAGGAGGCGGCCAAGAAGAAGGCCGAAGAGGAAGCUAAGAACAAGUGCAAGCGGGACCCCAAGGGCGGCAAGCACAGCGGCGGCAGCAGCAGCAGCCACAGCAGCGGCAGCUGCUAAGCGCGCCCUGCACGGCAUCGCAUGGCUUUACCUAGGGACGGGAACGCACUCUCCGCACCGGGUCCCGGUUGCCCUGCCCCGCCUCGCCUUGUCUCGGC